UUUAUUUUGGUCGGCUUGGAACGUGGUACAAGCAGUACAUAUCUGUGCAAUGAUCAGUGUUAAAUUGAAUUAAACUUUUAAUUAUUUUUAUUAAUUUUAAGCAUAUUGAAAAUUGAUAUAAAUAAUGUGCGCUUGUGAUAUAUUUUUUAUGAAUACAUUUAGUAAUAAAUCCACAAAAUUCGUCGAUUUAUUAUAAGAUGCAUGGACGUUAAUUCAAUUACUUAAAUCAGCAUCGUCAUCUAUUCAGGUUCUCACAACCUAGGAAACAGUAGGCCCAUAAUUGUUAGCUAUUAAAAACUGUAUCAUGUACGGGGGCGUGUUGAUAAGUAGCUGCAAAAGACAGUGCACUAACAAAGAGUACAAAACACAAGAACCAUGACAUGAAAAUGAUGCGAUACUCUGAAAUACCGAGGGAUAUUUCAGGUGACAGUCUUUCAGCACUCAAAUUAACAGAGAAUAGGAAACAAGAAAGUUACAAAUCGUCAGAUGUCGAUCGUGAUACAAUUUCCAUCUCUUCAUCCAGCAGCCAUGACAAAUUCGCGUUGGAAACUACAAGAAUUAGAAAAAUUUCCACUCCAGCUGUCUCCAGUGGUCCCGGACCCCCCUUCUCGUAUUACAGUUACGGUUCCCUUGCAUCUGUACCUGCCCAUAUCAAAACUCAAAGUUUGCCCAACAAUGCCUCGUCGCAAGCCAGAACCAAAAACUACAGCUGUGCUAUUUUCGACAUACUCAGGAUUUCACCGGAAGAUUUUGCCAGUCAGUUGACGUUGCUUGAUUUGCCUGUUUUCCUCAACAUCCAACCAGAUGAAUUGACCAGCUGCGCAUGGAAUAAGAAAAACAAGUUGACCGUGGCGCCUAACGUUGUGGCUUUCACGAGACGGUUUAAUCAUGUGAGCUUCUGGUCUGUGCAAGAAGUGCUGAGUGGAACGACUCCAAAACAAAGAGCGGAAAUAUUGUCGUACUUUAUUAGAAUAGCAAAAAAGUUAUACGAAUUGAAUAAUUUUCACUCGCUGUUUGCAAUAAUUUCAGCCUUACAAAGUGCCUCCAUUUAUAGGUUGUCGAAGACGUGGACUUGUUUAUCUAAAAAAGAUAAACAGACUUUCGACAAGUUGGCUGAAGUAUUUUCUGAUGCAGACAACUGGUCGAAUCUCAGGCGUCACAUUGAAAGCUUGAAGCUUCCAUGUAUACCAUAUUUGGGUCUUUAUUUGACUGAUCUUGUUUACAUUGACAUGGCUCAUCCUCACUCUGGUGGCUUAGAAUCUCAACAAAGAACAUUAAAAAUGAACAAUAUUUUACGUGUGAUAUCCAAUUAUCAGCACUCGGAUUACUCAAAUCUGUGUGUUAUUCCUCAUAUUCAAGAUUAUUUAAAUUCUAUUAGAUAUAUUGAAGAAUUACAAAAAUUUGUCGAAGAUGAUCAAUACAAACUUUCACUCAGAUUGGAGCCACCAUCACCUGCUCCAAGCUCAUCAAGUUGUAGUUCCAAAGAGUCUGUAGUCGCUGAUGCUGCAGCCAUUGCUUCUUUGAAUCUUUCUCCAGCUAAAGCUUCUAGCGGAUCUUUGCGACUACACGCCGUCACUUCAGGGAGUAAAUUCAUACCAGGACAUCGGAAGUGUCGGAGCCUAGGAACAAAAUUUCGUAGUACAAGUCUCCCCCGUAAUUUCCACAAAGCAGGGUACCCCUCUGUGGUACUACCCUGGGGCAUUUUUGGUAAACCUCAUCAGGUUGGCAAUUUUGAUCCCAAAGAACUACCGAAGACUUUGCAUUUGUUAGAUGAUUCCGAAUUAGAAGAAUCCCGAAAUUUUCGUUCCCCUCACGUCGAAUUAUCAUCACCUUCAACUGAUCUACCACUACAAGCAUCACAAAGUACGGCAGAAAACUCAACGCUGCUUACGAGGUUGGCAGAAGAUUCUCUGACUACAGACGAUCAGAUCUGCACAAUGCAAGGUUGUGUUCGCAGAAAGACUCUGUUAAAAGAUGGCCGUAAACCAACAGUGACCUCCUGGCAGCGCUAUUGGCUUCAAAUUUGGACCACAUCACUAGUAUAUUUUUCACCAAAAUCUUUUAAAGGUCAUCAACGAUCCGACUUCAAACGAGAACCAUGCAAGUUGGUGCCUUUGGCGGGUUGUCAAAUAAUACUCGACGAUAACAGUGUUCAACAAGACUGUUUUCAAAUUAUCGACCAUCACCGAGGGAAUAUUUAUAAGUACAGAGCAGGCACAAAAAGCCUGGCCGAAAAAUGGUAUCGGUUUCUGAAACAGGCAGCAAACGGAGAACAAGCUCCUCUUCCUAGUAAUCUCAUGACUUUCGAAUAACUUGCAUGACUGAACGAUAUUUGUUGAUAUUUAUUUUCUAUAAUUAUUUAUUUUAAGUUGUACCUCCUUUUUUUGUACAUUUGCAUUUAUUACAGUGUAAGCUUUUUAUUGUUAUAA